AUGCCAGUUGCGUCAGCACCACCGUAUCCUGAUAGAGUUGUGGUAGAACAAGGAGCAUCGACUAGAGCAGCUCCUGAUGAUUCACCACCGGCUUAUGAGGAUUCAUCUAAUCCGAACAGUAUGCCGCCAACCUAUGAAUCAUUGUAUGGUGAAUUUCGGCAAGUUGAGGACCCAAGAGGAUUAGCUCAAUUUCUAGCAAAAGCUUUUGCAAUAAUUAUUAGUACAAUGACCGCUGCGGUGCUUUUGGCAGUGCUAAAUAUCAUUCCAUUAGGAAUGAUAGUACUUGGCGGUUGUAAUAUCUACAGCUGUCCCGUGGAACCUUACAUACCUAUCUGGCUCAUUGUCACUGGUUUCUUUUCUCUACUGAAGAGUGCAACAAAUUUUUGUUAUCGUGCUAAACGACAGCGUGAAGGUCGUCCGCCUUCUGCAGCAGACGUCAAUCCAAAUCCCUUUGAUGGUCUGCUGUCAUGUUUCUUACUCGUCUGGUUUAUAAUCGGAUCAGUAUGGGUAUACUCAGUGCAGAAAGAUGUACAACAUAGCAAUUCUCGGGAUAGUAACUACUGCGAUCAGUUCACUUAUGUAUUUUCGUUCGUAUUUGUAACCCUGGGUUAUGCAUUAUUAGCCUGCACAUUGUGUUGUUUCUGUUGCUGUUGUUGCUGCAUUUGUUGUCGGCCUAAAAAACAGCAUGAUGCUGGUGCUGUAUAA